AUUGUUUUUUUCCUAGAAAUUGUCAAACACAAUGCUCCAACAUUCAUAACAACCAAAGUUUUUCGUUGAAAAACAUAUCACAAAAACAAUGGGCUCUUCUAAAUUUAUUUCACUUUCUUUAGUUUUGUUUUCUUUGGUUGUAGGAAUAUGUAAGGGUCAAAGCACAAUACCAGUUGUGCCUGGACUUUCAUACUCGUUUUAUUCAUCUAGUUGCCCGGAUUUGGAGUUCAUUGUUAGAAGUCAUCUUUGGGAAGUUUUUAACAAUGAUAUUACACAAGCCGCGGGUUUGCUCCGUCUUCACUUCCAUGAUUGUUUUGUUCAGGGAUGUGAUGGAUCGGUGUUGCUGGUUGGAUCGGCCAGUGGUCCAGAUGAGCAAGAUGCACCUCCAAACUUGACGUUGCGAGCUGAGGCAUUUAAAAUCAUAGAAGAUCUUCGUGCUCUUGUGCAUAAUGCUUGUGGCCCAAUUGUCUCUUGUUCUGAUAUUGUAGCCCUUGCUGCUCGUGAAUCUGUAUUUUUGCCAGCUGGACCAUACUACGAAAUUCCCUUAGGAAGAAGGGACAGUCUAAACUUUGCAACAACACCUGAAACACUAGCAAACCUACCACCACCUACAUUCAACACUACAAGCCUCCUCAACGCCUUCACAGACAAAAACUUGACUACAACCGAUCUUGUCGCCCUCUCGGGUGGCCACACCAUUGGUCGCGGUCACUGCACCUCCUUUGCCAACAGACUUUACCCUACUCAAGACCCUACCAUGGACCAAACCUUCGCUAAUAACCUUAAGCUCACAUGUCCAACAAACACUACCGUUAACACCACGAAUUUGGACAUUCGUACUCCUAACUUGUUUGACAACAAGUACUUUGUCGACCUCAUGAACCGCCAAGGCUUGUUCACGUCCGAUCUAGAUUUGUACACUGACUCUAGGACAAGGAGCAUUGUGAAAAAUUUUGCUGUCAACCAAACCCUAUUUUUCGAAAAAUUCGUGGAAGGGAUGAUAAAAAUGGGGCAACUCGAAGUAUUGACGGGUUCACAAGGGGAGAUUCGCACGAAUUGCUCCGUUAGAAAUGGUGAUAAUAUAGGCUUGGCGUCUGUGGUUAAGGAGCAACAAGAACAAGGAAUGUUGUCGCAAUAUUGAGGAAUUAUACAUUGAUUGAAGUGAAAUAAAUGAAGUUUGUGCCAAUUACAUUAUGCAUUGUACGUGUGAUGAUAUUUUGUACGUAACUUUUGUAUGAUUGAGGAGGUAUUUUAUCAUCUUUCAUGUAUUCUAGUGUUACUACUUUUGUUUUCAUUGGAAGAAUGAAAGGUGUAUUUGUAUGUUUGAAAAAAAGCCCCACUUGGUUGCAUUAAUUAGCUGCUGCAAAACGAUGUAAACACUCUACAAGGAUAAAGAGCUUCUGCUCCUAUUGCCACAUGGUUUUGGGAAAAUGAAACCUUCAUUGAA